CCUUUCCAAAACCAUAUAGUGAUCCAGGGCUCGAGUAGGCACUAGUGCUAUAUUUCUAGUACACUUCAAUGUAAAUACAGCAAAAUUCUGGUUUCAUUUUAUUAUAACACACUUGUAGGUACGUCUGUGUAGCAGACGGGCGCACUCGAAAUUCCAGUAGAUCCGAUUCAUAUACUUGCUUGGAGUAACAGGGAAGCAGAUGGCCAGUGCAGUCGUAAACACCACAUCGCCCAUGGCGGGGCGACGCCUUCAACGGGACGUUAGCCGGCUUCUGGCCUCGGGCCAUCGGACCACCGUUGAUGACGAUAUGGCCAAUCUGGAUGUGCUCUUGGAGGGGCCGCUGGGUACUGCAUACGAGGGUGGCACGUGGACGGUUAGCAUUAGCAUGCCGAAGGACUAUCCGUUGAAUCCGCCAAAGGUCCGCUUCAUCACCAAGAUACUGCAUCCGAACAUCGAGUUUAACACCGGCCUGGUCUGCAUGAAUGUGUUCAGGCAGGCCUGGUCGCCCAGCUACGAUCUGUUGAACAUUGUUGAGACCUUCUUGCCCCAACUGCUGCGCAACCCCAACCCGAACGAUCCCCUCAACCACCAUGCUGCCGAGAUAAUGAAGCACUCGGAGGCCAUGUUCCGCGAGAACGUGAUCGCCUGCGUGAAGAUGUACGCGCGUCCCACUCCAGCGUGCUGCCGGUCGGACACGGCAAAGCAGCCUCUCGAGAAGCGCUCGUCGGAUCUAAGUCUAUCCGAACUGCUCUCAGACGAUGAUGUUGAUAAAGAUUAGGCCUUUUUGCUUGGUCCCUCGUUAGUUCUUUGUAUCGAAUACAGUUUGU